UUGAAGGCAACACAAAAUCAGGUCUGAAAUUUGGAUUUGAACUCGACAGGACCCAAAUCAGGAUAAAAAUUAAGAAAUGUGUAAAUGCAAAUUCUCACACUGCUUUGUGACCUUGCUUGUACUCACCAAAAUAAGUAGGUCUGGAGUAUAAAGAUAUUUGGAUAAGGUAAAACUGAAAUAACAUAAUUUUACUUCUGUCAUGAAUCUGUAACAAGAAGUGGUUGUUUUGUACUGAUAAGCCAAAACUUUUUGCAUCCCUUUUCCUAUUCAGAGUAUUUGCUAAGUGAUACUAAACUACCCAUUGUGGUGAUGUGUCUUACAAAACACUGCUGCUUUGUGCCUGAUGCUAAUUCAGCCUGAUUAAAUGCUUGCAAAUCCAAAUUUUGAGGCUAGUGCUGAUGAGAGUGUUGAAAGACAAACGUGUCAUUUCACUGCUGUCAGUAUGGUAUGAUGCCGCUGUUAGGGAGUGUACAGGCUACUGCAGAAAGCAGCAGGGAUGGGUUUUAGUGAGGGUAACGUAAGGUUAUGGGCAGUGGUGAGGACCAGGGCACUUGGAAGAGCAUCGAACCGAUUUACACUGGAUAAAAUACACUGAAAGCAAACCAGUGAUGUUUUAUGAAGCCUGAAACCCAACUGCCGUACUUCUGAAGGGAAUACCCUGAAGUCAAAUCAUUUCUAAGAUCAAAGAACCUUUUCAUUUAUCAGCACAAUGCUGGAAAUUAUAUUUAAUAAAAUAUAAAUUAAAAUAGCGGCACGCGUUUCUAAUAGCCAGAACGCUAGAGAGCUGCAAGUCCAGAGACCGCGCGCUGCCAGGGCCCGCCGCCCCUCAGCCUAGGCGCGGGAAGCGCCUCGUACCCCCGCCCUACGCCGCCGCGCAGUUCUCCUUCUCCAUCUCUCCGCUGCGCAUGCGCCGGCGAGGCGGGUGUCCACGGUGAAGGGCAGGGCUGUUCGACGCUCGGGCAGGUGGGUGUCGGGGCCGUCGUGCAGCGCCGUUACCUCCGCACAGAGCCGGCGAGGCUCUGCGGGCGCCUCGCAAAGGGGUGGCAGUGUGGGGUCCCGCGCCUUCUCUGUCGAUCACCUCCGCGCCGCCAGCCGCCAUGUUGUACAUAGCAACGGUUGCUAUGUUGCGAUUGCUGCUUCUCUGUAGGCUUCUGUGAAGAACAAAUUGUGUUAUCCGGUCUUUAAAUCGGAAAUUUUUCUUUUGUAGCAAUAAUUCUACUGCAGAUAGUACUUUGUGGCAUAAACACGGCUAUUCCUUAAAUUAGCAUUGCUUCAAAAUACAUGUCUGGUGAAGAGGGAUGUUAUCCUGACCUGACGUUGUUUUGUGAAAAGCGUAUUAAGCAUUUAGCUCCAGGGAGCAGAGUUCUCAGAAAAGAUAAACCUGCAGCCACAGCAGCUGAUUUUACAGCUGAAGAAUGGGAAACAAUUAAUGAUGAACUGAUGAGCUGGGUGGCAGAAAUGAAUGAAGAUGAUAAUAAAGCACAGCUUUUGAAAACAGGCACACUGCAUGAAGGACAAGAUAACUUGCCACCUAUUCGUUGUUCCAGCAGCUGUCUUCCUGCUUUCGAGAAUGAAAAGUUCCAAAACAAACAAAGAAGUAAGAAAAAUAUACCACGGGAUUACAGUGAAUGGGAUAAGUUCGAUGUGGAAAAGGAGUGUUCUAAAAUUGAUGAAAGCAGUGAAGAAAAUAACUCAAAAGCAAGAUUCUCUAUUAGACCAAGUCUACCUCUAAUUGAGAAGAAAAUAAACACUACUGGCAUGACAAGGAAAGAGAAGAUCUUUAUUGCUACUCGGGAAAAAGAAAAGGGCAAUGAAGCCUUUGCCAGUGGAGAUUAUGUGGAAGCAGUGACAUAUUACACUCGGAGUAUAUCUGUACUGCCCACUGCAGCUGCAUACAAUAACAAAGCUCAAGCAGAAAUCAAACUUCAGGAUUGGGACAGUGCUUUGCAGGAUUGUGAGAAGGUGCUAGAUAUGGAACCUGGCAAUGUAAAAGCUCUGUUGCGCCGUGCCACUGUUUACAAUCAGCUGAAGAAUUACCAGGCAGCUAUGAAGGAUCUGAACACAGCAUUAUGCAUUGAACCAGAAAACGCUGUAGCUAAGAAAAAUCUGCUAGAGAUUGAAAAGAAACUGAAAGAAUUAAAGCCUGGAUCUAAGACUGAAGGCAGAGGAAAAAGAAUAGUUAUUCAAGAUAUAGAGGACUCAGCAGGUGAUGAAGAAAGAGGGGAAAAUGCAGAAGAAUGUGGAAGAAGCAGCAGAGAUAAAAAAAUUGUCCUGCCAGUAAGAGACGAGGCGGCUUUGGGGAAGGCUGAGAUGGGGAACGCACUGAGAAAGUUUCACAGCAAAGGAGGUGGCUCCAAGUUGGAAGGCAGAGAGACCGAGAAGCAGAAGGAAUCAACUGAGAGCAGAUUAAAAAAAGGCACAGCGGAGAAAAAAUCACAGAAAACAGACCAUGAAGGUGAAGCCAAUGGUUAUUUAAACAGCAACCAAACAAGUGAAAGCCCUGAAGCCGGCCAGUCCUCCAGAUCGCAUGGAGCAGGGUCCCUGUCAGCUGGUGCUGCCCAUUCAACUUCGCUUCCUCCAGCUGCUGCAAAACUGAAAAGUGAAGGAAACGAGUUAUUUAGGAGUGGGCAGUUUGGAGAAGCUGUGCCCAAAUACUCGGAAGCAAUUGAAUAUGUCAUCAGUGUCGGAGAACGAAGUCCAGAUGAUUUAAGUAUCUUGUACUCAAACAGAGCAGCGUGUUACUUCAAAGAAGGCAACUGCAGUGACUGCGUUCAAGAUUGUAACAGAGCUCUGGAGCUUCAGCCAUUUUCCCUCAAGCCUCUCCUACGACGAGCAAUGGCAUACGAGUCUAUGGAGCGGUAUCGACAGGCGUAUGUUGAUUACAAAACAGUUCUACAAAUAGACAGCAGCAUACAAGCAGCAAAUGACAGUGUUAAUAGAAUAACGAAGACUUUAAUUGAUCAAGAUGGUUCUUGUUGGAGGGAAAAACUGCCACCGAUUCCAGUUGUCCCUGUUGCUGUUCAGCUACACAGGUGGGAUGGAGGCAACUUUACUUCAGAGGUUAAGCCAAGAAGUCCCACAGAUAUCAACAAAGAAGAACAGCUGCAGAUGAAUCGUGAGAAAGCUGAGGAAAAGUUCAGGACAUUAAAAAGUCAAGGGAAUGAUUUUGUGAAGAAGGGUAAAUAUGGUGAAGCUGUAAAUAAAUACAACGAAUGCUUGAAGUUAAAUGCCAAGGACUGCACAAUCUACACUAACAGAGCUCUCUGUUACUUGAAACUGCAUAAAUAUGAAGAGGCUAAGCAAGAUUGUGAUCAUGUUCUUCAAAUAGAAGAUUCUAAUAUUAAAGCUUUUUACAGAAGAGCACUAGCAUACAAAGGAUUACAGAACUAUCAAGCCAGCAUCGAUGAUCUCAAGAAAGUACUUCUAAUAGAUCCAAACGUUCUUGAAGCAAAAAAUGAACUAGAGGAGAUAACCCAGCUGCUCAGCAUCGCCAGCGUUGCUGUCGCUGACUGUCAACAAAAGCAAAGGAAGAAAAUAACCAUACAAGAGGUAACUGAUGAACAGGAAGAGGGGCAGCUUGUGACAUCAGAAGACGUUGUGGCUGACGAUGUUUGCUCUAAAGAAGCAGUUCAGAAGAGUGUGCCAUUAAAGACCUGUGAAAAACUGACGAUUUCUGAACCAUCAAAUGCCUAUGACUUUGGUCAGAUUGUAAAUGCAGUGAAUGCCAAUAAGGAUCAGUCUGCUUGUGCAGAUCUUCUAACAAUUACUGAUCCAAAAAAACUGCCAAUGCUGCUAAGUAACAAACUUGAAGGAGAAAUCUUUUUUAUUUUCAUCCAGUCAUUGGAACAUUACGUCCUUGGAAAAGAUCCUGGCCUUGUAUAUCAGCAUCUUUUCUACUUAAGCAAAGCAGAAAGAUUUAAGGUGGUGUUGGCUCUUCUCAGCAAAAACGAAAAAGAACAGGUUCGGCGAUUGUUUGAUUUGCUCACGGAAAACCAGAAUCAUCAGUACUCUUUGGAAGAACUUGACAGCCUUAAAGAGGUGUAUGAACUUUAAGAACUUAAAGUUUAUUUGUUGUGUAGUUAGAGUUGUCGGUUGUGAGAUGUCUGUACAACUCUGCCAACACGCAUGGGUUGAAGUGGGUCUCUACAUGGACUGUCUGAAUUCUGUUUUAUUUUGAUAGCAUACACAUAUUUAAAACUUGCUGCUCUUUUUUUCUUUUCAGUUGUAUACACUUUUAGUCUAGAAUUUAAUGCAUAUCUUUGUGUUCAGUUAUGGAGUUCGUGUUUGCAUCCUGAUUUUGUUUAGACAUGGAAAUAUCUAUUUUGCAUUUAUAUAUAGCAUGAAAUACCUUGGUGGUACAAUGGAAGUACACUUUCAGUCAUCACUUGUUCUGUCACCUUGUGGGUUGUACAUUCUCGUGGGAAGGAAGCACCUCCAAGACAAACAGAUCCGUUAGCGAUAGCUUUGCUAUAAAGAAUUUACAAGUAUAAACAUUUUUUAAAUAAACUGCACAGCCCAUCUGUUUCUUUGCCCCCCAGCCUGCACACAACAGAUGUAAAUAUUUUUGGUGCUGUACAAAGAUGAAUGAAUAAUAUAUUAGCUUGUCAUGGAACACUUUGGCUCAAAAUAAUUAAUUAUUAACUAAAUGGCUCUGUUUUUUAAAUGACAAACGAGUAAGUUUUAGUGCACAGAGAAUUUUGUUUUCUGUGUGCAUGGAAGGAUUGCUAGUUUGCACAGCUUUUAAAGGAACAAAUGGCUGCAUCUAACAAUUAAAAUGUUUAACUCCGAGUCUGUAAUCAGAUUACUUAAAAUACCAGCUAUUGCUGCUUACAGACAUAUUCAUAAAGCUAAAACUAAGGCUAUUUGGUGCACCAGUAGGGUUUUUGUUUUCUUUCAGGCAGUACUUCUGUUUUAUAUUUCAUUGUGACAGAGCUGCCUUUUUCAAGAUGAAGCGUUAAAACUUUUCACAUGCCCCAAUGCCUUCUUUGCACACUUAAUAUAAAUUAUAUCAUACUCACAAGUGCUGCAGAAGUACCAUUAAGGAUGUUGUUCCAGUGAAAUCUUUUCUCAGGUUAAUUAAAAUAAAUAAAUAAAGGUCUUUUUCCUGAAAAGUAGAAUUUCUGGACUCUUGCUUCUACCCUCUUUGAGCUUAUAGUUCUGGUGUGGUUUAUGAGUUUGGUUUUGAAGUAGAAUACCAAGAAUGAAGUUUUUAAUUCCUAAAACACCGUUAGCACAACUGAUGGGUUUUGUUCUUAAACAUCCUCUUGCAGUGAGACAGCUGUGUAUCUGAGAGAGCUCUGUAGCUACAGCCAAUUGCACUGAGCCAACUAAGUGCCAGGCUGCUUCGUUCUUCACAAGGGCCAGGUAUUGGUGGUCAUUAAUUUCUGUGAUGGCGAGCUCAAUCAUUCUAACUGUAGCUUUGUAUGUUCUGGGGUUGGAUGGGGUACUGGGCAGCCUGAUCCAGUAUUUGAUGAGUGGCAGCAGCACUGCCUGUGGCAGGGAGUUGGACCCUGGUGAUCCCUGAGGUCUUUGCAACCCAAGCCAUUCCAUGAGUCUAUCUAUGCAUAGUUUAGAGUUAAGUUAUAUAUGUUGUUUUUAUUCAUUUCAUUAUGUAUUUAGAAAGACAAUACCUACUGAAACUGAAUUAUUUUACUAAAUGGGAUGAUAUUGCCUUCCGUAGCAG